AUGGAUGUGGGGCAUCAACAGGUUCCUAUGGAUCUGUAUAAUCCACCACUUCACAUGAGAAAUGUCAGCUUAGAUGAGGAAGAUGAUGGUUCAAUAUUUGAAACACCAGUGCCAAUGCAAAUUGAAGGUGGUUUGUUUGGAAUGAAAUUCGCAAGUAAGGAGGAGUGUGUCUUUGCUAUCGCUCAGUACCACAUCAAACACUCUCUUGAUUAUGAAGUUUAUAAGUCUGAUUCUAAAAGAUAUAUAGUCAAGUGUAAGAAUGAAGAGUGCACGUUCAGAUGUAGAGGUACUUUGGGGAAAAUAAGUGGUACGUGGAAGAUCACAAAGGCAUGGAUUGCGAAGAACAAGGCAAUAGCAUCUACCUAUGGUAAUUUGGAGACUUCCUACAACGACCUUCCGCAGUGGUUAUUAGUAAUGAAAUAUUAUUUGCCAGGUGUCGUCAUCGAUCUAGAGACCCUACCGGCGUUAUCUGAUGACGGGACGCAAAUUGAUGGUUGUAGAAUUUUCCAUCGUCUAUUUUGGGCCUUCCAGCCAUGUAUCAAGGGGUUCGCUUACUGCAAACCCGUUGUGCAAGUUGAUGGGACGUGGUUGUAUGGAAAAUACAAGGGAACCCUGUUACUAGCUGUUGCACAAGAUGGAAACAGGAACAUCUUUCCAAUAGCUUUUGCCUUGGUCGAGGGUGAGACGGGUGAUGCAUGGAGUUUUUUCCUAAGGAAUCUAAGAAUGCAUGUUACGCCGCAACCCAACAUCUGUAUAAUAUCAGACAGACACGUGUCCAUCAAAAGCGCAUAUGAUAACCCGGAAAAUGGUUGGCAAUACCCACCGUCUACGCAUUUCUAUUGCAUUAGACAUAUAGCCCAGAACUUCAUGCGAGAGAUCAGAGACAAAGAGCUUCGCAAAAAAGUCGUUAACAUGGGUUAUGCAUUAACUGAAUCAACCUACAACUACUACAGGGGUGAAAUACGUAUGUCAAAUAUGGAUGCAUACAACUGGGUAGAAAAUAUUCCAAGAGAAAAAUGGUGCAGAGCUUUUGAUGGAGGGCAACGGUGGGGUCACAUGACUACCAACCUGGCAGAAUCAAUGAAUUCAGUCUUGAAGGCCACUCGUAAUCUACCCGUUACAGCAUUGGUAAGAUCUACAUACUUUAGGAUGGGUGAGUUAUUUGGCAGAAGAGGGCACGAAUGGACAAAAAAAUUGGGUUCUGGACAACAAUAUACAAAAAGUUGCCUGAAAGGUAUAGAAGAGGAGGCUGCCAAAGCAAGUAGUCAUCACGUUAGGCAAUUUGAUCGUCUACGGUUCUGCUUCUUGGUGGAGGAAACAAUGAACCAUAAUGAGUGUCGACCGACUCGUCAUUUCAACGUCGACCUUAAAAAUCAAACGUGCGAGUGUGGAAAAUUUCAAACAUUUCAUGUGCCUUGCUCGCAUGUCAUUACAGCGUGCGCGAGCAUACAUCAGGUCUAUACCGUGCAUGUAGCUGAUGUCUUCAAGGUCGUUAACGUGUUUAAGGUCUACGAAGAAAGUUUCAUAGGGGUAGGGACUGAGGCUGACUGGCCUCGAUACGAAGGAGAUACUCUUUGCCACAAUGACGCCAUGAGAAGAAGAAAGAAAGGUCGCCCAAACAGUACCCGCAUACGAACAGAAAUGGAUGAUUAUGAGAAGGAAAAAAGAAGAUGUGGUAUUUGUCGCGAGUUCGGACAUUAUCGCAAGACAUGUCCAAACCGAGCUGGACCAUCAUCUUAG